AAAAAAAAAAAAACGAAACCCUUCUCUUUCUUUCCCUGCUGAGGUUUUAGGUCCAUAUUCCAUAGCUUCCUUUCGCUCACUUUCUCGCUAACCAAACAGAGAUGGGGAAGAACAAAAGCAAAGAUGGUGGCAAAACGAGAAGCGAAAGCGAGCACUCUGCCUCCACUGUCUUCGUCUCCAACUUGCCCUACUCUUUCACCAACGCUGAGCUGGAGGAGACAUUCAGUGACGUCGGACCAAUUAGGCGGUGCUUUCUGGUUACCCAGAAGGGGUCAACUGAGCACCGUGGCUUUGGUUAUGUUCAAUUCGCUGUCACAGAAGAUGCUAAUCGUGCUAUUGAGCUAAAGAAUGGUGUAUCCAUUGGAGGUCGAAAAAUUGCAGCCAAACAUGCCAUGCAUCGUGCUCCCCUUGAACAACGAAGAUCAAAGACAAAUCAAGGACUCGACUUGGAUGACACCUUGAAGUCAAAAAAUGACAAGGAUGGUGAAAAUUUCAAAGCAGAAAAGGAUGCUUCGAGCUUGCAGGAAAGAGAGAAACCUGUGAAGGCCAGAAAAGCCGCUGCACUAUGUACUGAUACAGUGGCAAAAGUGGGUGGUUCAGAAGAUAAAAAUACAGAGAAACCUGUGAAGGCCAGAAAAGCCGCUGCACUAUGUAAUGAUGCAGUGGCAAAAGUGGGUGGUUCAGAAAAGCAGAGGGUUGCUAGGACAGUCAUAUUUGGUGGCCUUGUUAAUGCUGGUAUGGCAGAAGAAGUUCAUCGUCGAGCUAGGGAGAUUGAUGGCGAAUGUUCAAUAACUUAUCCUCUUCCCAAGGAAAAGCUUGAACAACAUGGUCUGAUGCAAGAUGGAUGCAAGAUGGAUGCUUCAUCUGUACUUUAUAACAGUGUUAAAUCAGCACAUGCUUCUGUUGCAACGUUACACCAAAAAGAGAUUAAAGGCGGAAUUGUUUGGGCACGCCAGCUGGGUGGGGAGGGUGCCAAGACUCGGAAGUGGAAGCUCAUUGUUAGAAAUAUUCCUUUCAAGGCCAAAGAGAAUGAAAUAAAAGAGAUAUUUUCAUCAGCAGGGUUUGUCUGGGAUGUAAUUAUACCACACAAUUCUGAUACAGGGUUACCAAAAGGUUUUGCAUUUGUCCAAUUCACACGCAAACAGGAUGCAGAAAAUGCAAUAAAAAAGUUAAAUGGACAAAUGCUUCAUAAAAGACCCAUAGCUGUUGACUGGGCUCUUUCAAAGCAGAUAUAUGGUAGUGUGACUGUAAAAAACGCUCUUCUUGCUUCAGACGAUGGACAAAAGGAUGGAAGUGAUGGAGAAAAUGAUAGUAGCAGUGAAGAUUUAGAGGGCGAUGCUGGGCAUUUCGGUAAAAAGUCUGAGCACCAUGAUGGAAUCGACAGCGAUCCUGAUAACCCGAAUACCAUAGAGAAGAAAGACAUCCCUACUGAAAUAAAUUUUGAAGAGGAAGUGGACAUUGCAAGAAAAGUUCUAAAGAACUUGAUCGCACCGUCUGCUAUAGAAACUCCUCAUGAUGAUCUCGCACUGCCCCAAGGGGACAAGGAGCCGUCUAUUUUUGAAUCUUCUAAGGAGCCCAGUAAAUCAUCUUUUGAGACUGCAAAAGCCUCAGAUGUUACUAAGCCUGAAAAGUUAAGCAAAAGCAUGGCACCAAAUCUUGAACAGACAGACGAAGAAGAUGAUUUGCACAGAACAAUUUUCAUAAGCAAUCUUCCGUUUGAUAUCAAUAAUGAAGAUGUCAAACAAAGGUUUUCUACCUUUGGGGAACUUCAAUCUUUUUUCCCAGUCCUUCAUCCAGUCACCAAGCGACCAAAAGGAACUGGCUUUCUCAAGUUUAAAACAAAAGAUGCAGCCAGUUCUGCAGUUUCAGCGGGGAAUGCUGCAUCUGGCCCAGGGAUUUCUCUUAAGGGUAGACAAUUGACAGUCUUGCAGGCUUUGGAUAAAAAAUCGGCUCAUGAUAAGGAAUCAAAUAUGGCCAAAAAAGAGGAUCUGGACCGCCGCAAUCUCUAUCUGGCAAAGGAAGGUCUUAUUCUUGAGGGAACUCCAGCUGCAGAAGGGGUUUCGGCUAGCGAUAUGUUGAAACGCCAAAUGGAGGAGAGGAGCAAGAUGAUGAAACUUCAAUCUCCAAAUUUUCAUGUCUCGAAGACAAGAAUAUUUAUAAAAAAUUUGCCGAAGUCCAUGACUGCAAAAGAACUAAAAAAACUUUGUAUUGAUGCUGUUACCUCACGAGCUACAAAACAAAAACCUGUGAUCCAACAGAUAAAGUUCUUGGAGGAUGUGAAGAAAGGAAAGCUUGUCGCAAAGAAUUUCUCUCGUGGAGCUGCUUUCGUUGAGUUUACAGAGCAUCAGCAUGCACUUGUGGCCCUGAGAGUUUUGAACAACAAUCCUGAAACUUUUGGUACUGAGCAUCGCCCAAUUGUGGAGUUUGCACUUGAGAAUGUUAAAAAAUUGAAUAUACGAAAUGCUAAGAUACAAGCACAGCAGCAUGCAGCUCAUCGUAAUCGGGAAAAUGUGCAUCAAAAUGAAGGCGCAAAUAGACCAGAUACUCAUCCAAGCAAGAAGUCCAAAAACUCGAAACAAAAAGGGGAGAAGCGAAAAUUGGAUGAUUCAGUACCAAAUAAAGAAGAUGAAGUCGAAAAUAAGUUUAGUGAUGGAGCUGCCACCGAAAGACAGAGAGGUUCUAAGAGGCAGAAAAAUGGUCCAUUUGGAAAGGAAAAAAAGAUCUCAUCAAAGGUAUCAGAACACUCAACAACAGAGAAGGCGGAAGGCUCAAAACGUGAACCAAACAAUCAUCAAGAUGGCAGGAAGGCUGGUGGUGGAAGAUCAUCCGAAGGUGAAAACGUGGCCAUUGAUGCACAAAAAUCAAAACCUUUGAGAAAGACAAAUGUGCUACCUAAUAAGAGGAAGCUACAGGAGCAGAAAGAGGUAGAGGGGGGAGAAAAUGUGAUGAGGAGACAAAGACCAAAGAAGAAUAAGGACCCAUUAGGGCGGGAUGUUACAGAUAAACUCGACAUGCUGAUUGAACAAUAUAGAUCCAAGUACUCGCAACGGAGCUCCGUCCAAACUGAUGGCGAAAAGCAAGGUUCCAGAAAGCUUAGAAAAUGGUUCCAAACAUAAUUUUAUGUUGAUUUUGUAAAAUUUCAUGAUAAGUCUCACAAGAGAGGAGUAAAAGCAGUUGCUGGAUAUGCAGUUGCUAUAAAUUUUGCGCAUUGUUUAACUUUUGGCAAUAUUUGUAAGCAUGAAUUUACUGUCUGGCAUUUUGGUUGAAUAACUAUUGAUUUGUUCCAUUCCACCCGGCCUCAAACUUCGGCCUUUAUUACUCGUAGAGAUUUCUCCUA